GGAGAGGGGGAGGAGAGGAGCUGAAGGCUGCUAUAUCUGCGUCCCAAUCUCAAGGAGGACUGGACUGGUUGGGACUUUGAACGGUGACACUCUCAAGCUAGAGGAAGGAAGCAGCUGGGGGCCCCUGGAAGCAGGCGUUCGAUCGAUCCCUGGCUCUGGCUCUGCUGGAACACUGACACCCUACCCACAGCCCAGCCCUAUUCCCAAACCUCUCACACAGCCCCCAGUCCCAGACCUGAGAGAGCCAGAGGGAGCCCCGGGACAGACGAGGCAUGUGGGGCUACCUCUCCCUGCUUCCUGUCCUCCUGGCCAUCUGGGCUAUUGGUGGCCUGUGGACCGUCUUUUCUGUGGCUGUGGCCAACAAGUCCGUGAACCUCACGCAAGGUUUCCCCUACAUCAGUAUAUGUGGAAAUCAGCCCCCUCAGAGCUGCAUCUUCAGCCAGGUGCUCAACUUGGGAGCUGCUUUGGCCACCUGGAUCUGCAUUCUCCGUUACUACCAGCUUCGGGACUGGGGGGUCGGAAAGUGGCCUAACCGGCUGAUCCUGUGGACGGGGCUCCUCUCUGCGCUGGGCACCUCCAUAGUGGGCAAUUUCCAGGAAAAGAACCUGCGGGCCAUGCACCUGACAGGGGCCUUUUUUGCCUUCUUUGUGGGCACCCUCUACUUCUGGCUGCAGCUCCUCUUCCUCUGGCGGAUGAAGAGCGUGCCCCGGCCUGGGGCUCCCUGGAUCGGGCCGCUCCGCCUGGGCCUCUGCAGCAUCUGUACCAUCCUCACUGUGGCCAUGGUCGUGCUGCACGUCUGGCGGAUGCGCUCCGUCUCGGCCGCCUUGGAGUGGACUGUGGCCAUGCUGCUGUUCGUGCUCUUCGGCCUCUUCGCCGUGGACUUCUCUGGCCUGGACGGGUGCACCCUGCGUCUGCGACCAUGCUUGGGCCCCCUCAGCCCCCCGCCAGCCUCCCCCGUGCCCCUGCAGGUCUCACUGUGACCCGCCCAACAGCCGGGCAGCCUCUCGCCUCCUGUUGCUGCCCUCUGGUUCCGCCCUGCCAUCAGGGCCACCCAGGAAGAGAGCCCAAGGCCAGUCAGCCAUCCCUGAUCGAGGAUAUUUAUUAUUAUUAUUAUUAAUUUUCUUUUUUGCCGCCGGUGGAAUCAGAGACACGGACGCAGGCAGGAUCACGCGAAAUCAGAAUUCCUUCCGGAGAGCAAAUCCGUACA